AAACCUUCCCAUCUUUGCCUUCUUUUUUCUCUCGACGAGCACAUCUUGAUUUCUUUUUCUUCGCAGUUUCAUCUCCUUCAGGUUGGUUACAGUAUGGGAUGAUUUGAGAAUGGGGUACCUGAAUUCUGUGUUAUCAUCAUCUAACCAAGUCCUACCUGACGAUGCCCCUGUUAGCGGUGGUGGUCUAAGCCAUAAUGGGAAGUUCAGCUAUGGAUAUGCAAGUUCUCUUGGGAAAAGGUCUUCGAUGGAAGAUUUUUAUGAGACAAGGAUUGAUGGUGUUGAUGGAGAGGUAGUUGGUCUCUUUGGGGUAUUUGAUGGUCAUGGAGGUGCAAGGGCUGCAGAAUAUGUCAAGCACAACCUCUUCAGUAAUCUCAUUAGGCAUCCAAAAUUCAUUUCUGAUACAAAGUCAGCUAUAGCUGAUGCAUACAACCAUACAGACUCAGAAUUCCUAAAAUCCGAAAACACUCAAAAUAGAGAUGCUGGAUCCACCGCUUCUACUGCUAUUCUUGUUGGAGAUCGUUUAUUGGUUGCGAAUGUUGGGGAUUCUAGGGCUGUUAUUUGCAGAGGUGGUAAUGCAAUUGCUGUGUCACGAGAUCACAAGCCAGACCAGAGUGAUGAACGUCAGCGUAUUGAGGAUGCUGGGGGUUUUGUGAUGUGGGCAGGAACAUGGAGGGUUGGAGGUGUCCUUGCUGUGUCUAGAGCAUUUGGUGAUAGACUUCUAAAGCAGUAUGUAGUAGCUGAUCCAGAGAUUCAGGAAGAGAAGGUUGACAGUUCACUUGAGUUUCUCAUCCUUGCAAGCGAUGGGCUUUGGGAUGUUGUAACUAAUGAGGAAGCUGUUUGUAUGGUUAAGCCGAUUGAAGAUCCAGAGGAAGCAGCAAAAAGAUUGUUGCAAGAAGCACAUCAGCGAGGCAGUGCAGAUAACAUUACUGUUCUGGUUGUACGUUUCUUGGCUGACCAAGAAGCAUCUUCUCAUAGUGCUUCCGUUUGAGGAGCUGUGUUCUCUUUUCCCAAUAUAUUCUCAACGGUUACUUUCUGAUGGAGAAUGAACCUUUAGAAAUAGGGUGUUCCCGAUUAACAAAGUAUAAACAUACAAACCUCCAAAUCUAUAAUUAAGUCUCAUAGAUAGAAGUGUAAUUUGUCUAUUUCGCUAUUUGUAAUAAUUUAAGAGUCUCCAUUCCUAUGUGGGUAUGCAAAUUGACUAGUUAGAGUUAUAGUUCAUGUGGUGUGAUAAUGAUGGAUUAGAUUGCUGAUUUUGCCAGCAUAACAGAUUUAUUUGAAAUGUUAAUAUAUUUGUAUUUAGCUGGCUUA